UGUUAUAAACAUCUAGUAGAUCACAGAAACGUUUUAGAUAUGGUAUUGUAAUGUGAUUGGUCCAAAAGUCUUAUAGCGGCAUUUUCAGAAGUUUCGUCCUUUUCACCAGCCGGUCACAGUUUGUUUGUGCUAGGCCUAGUUCAGUAGUUGCAGCAUGGACUUUGACUUUUUUGAAGCACUGCCUCCGAUAUUGAUGUCCGCUGCUUUCAUUGGCGUCUUGCCUUUUGGCCAGAAAGCCUGGAUGCGCGCUGAUUUAUCAAUAACAACUGCAUGGGGAUUAGUUUGCAUAUUGUGCCCUAAGUGUGUUAUGCAAUAUCAAGUCAAUGGGGAACUUGAUUCAGAGCAUGAGUAUUUUUACAGACUGUUUGGUUUUGUCUUGCUCAGCACAUCACUGUUUGCAGUCUUCACACAAAACUCUUCAGAUCCCACUGUCAAGGUCACUUUUCUGUGGUCUCGGGUCAUUUCAACCAGUGUGUACAUUUUGAAUCGUGUAUAUUCCCAUUACAACAUAAUGAAGACUCCCCAGUGGAAUGACAGGAGUUGGUAUUUUGGGACCUAUGGGGACACUUUGUGGUUCCUUGGAAGCCUUUACCAUACCCUGCGAUGUCAAGACUGGGGAAGUACUAAUGAAUCCAAUUCCAGACUGAAUCUCCAUCUCAGAAUUGACACCAUAAUGACUUUUUUCAUGGCCCUAAUGUACUUUGCAUUUCCGGGACAUGUAUAUAGACUUCAGGUGGAUGGCAGGCUUGGCAAACUUCAUCUUUCUUUGAUCCGCACUGUGGCAGCAUUCCUAUUUGGGUCAUGUGUCAUUUCAGCAUCAGCCACAAGAUUUAGGAGUGCAGCAGAUAAACUUACUUUUCUGACUUGUCGUAUUCUUACAAACUCCAGCAUAAUAACAUUCCAACUGAUAGCACAAUUUUUCCAAAGUAAUUGGAGUGUGUACCAUGUAUACUUCAGCAUAAUGGUCACAGCACUGUGGACUUUUAAUGCUGGACUUGGAUACAUGCAUGAAGUUAAUAGAAAGAGCAAAACUGAACAUAUUGAAUAAACAAAGCAGAGAGUACUUACAUGUAUUACAGUAACAUAUCUUUUUUUACUGGUUUUUGUACAGAUAAUAAAGUACAUGAAUAUAACAAGUCA